AUGUCCUUCUUUAAACGUCUCUCCGGCCUUUUGUCCGGUUCUACACCCGAAGAAGUAGCCGCUGCUAAAACGAAAGUCCAAUCGCUGAUUAAUGAGAACGGCGUCGUUGUUUUCUCCAAGAGCUACUGUCCUUACUGCGCUGCUACCAAACGGUCAUUAAAUAAGCUAGGUGCCAAAUUUGUUUUACUUGAAUUGAAUGAAAUUGACGACGGCCGCGCUUUGCAAAGUGCGCUUCAAGAAAUUACGUAUCAGGCCACUGUGCCCAAUAUCUUUAUCCAACAGCGACACAUUGGUGGCAACUCCGAGCUACAACGUAUUAUGCUAAACUGUCAUAGCGAUCAAUUAGGCAAGUCGGGAGACUCAGAAAAG